UUAUUUUACCUUAUCUCGUCCAUGUUCCCUAAAAGUUAUGUAGAGUGCAGGCUUUGUUACUGCAUCUUCCCACUACAUAUUUUAGUUUCGGUUUAUAUUUGGCGAAGUCUAUAUUCGCGUAGGUUUCAGUUCCGCAUUCAUAGUUGCUCUGAUUUCCAGGCGUCGUUCCUAUGUGCACUAGUGUGUACUGAAGUGUCUUCUACAGCCCCGCUCUGUAGUUCAAGUCCGCCACCAUUCGAAAUGACGUCUCUGCUUGUGCAAGGCACAUUGUUUAAAGGAUCGUGGUUCAUUUGUUAAACACAUAAAGUAAUUGCAUUAAUCAAUGUAUCCAACGUGUCCUUCUGGUAGACUGUGAUGAUAGAUCACAGUCUACCAUAGAUUCAUGCUGGUGCCGAAAUAAUAAUGCAUGUAAUAAUGAUGCCAAACUACAAAAGAUUUCCUGCAGAAAAUGCGUCGAGUGCUGUGGUGCAAAGUGAGGUUUAAGUAGAAAGGGUUUAUUUGUAUGGGCCCAUGUGCCUAUUAUACCAUAGUAAAUAUUUAGCCAGAAGCUACUAAUUCUUCCAGUGUAUUUGGUGACAUUGUAACCUUAGCGGCCGCCACCGUCUGAUGUCCGCCACUAGGGGGCGUUGACCCGCACAACAAACACCAGCGAACAGCCGCCGCCACACAAAGACAAUGCUCACCCCACACACACAAAAAGCAGUCUGAUCUCAUAUGAUCCCAAACUUCCCGUGGUUUGACUUCGCUCCUCACUGGAAGCACGCUGGAUUGUAACUGGAAAACAUUACACAGCCUAAACAUAAGAACAAUAUCAACCAAGGGAGACGGACCCACCGUAACGUUAGUGUGUACAGGAGGACGUAACUAUUGGACAAGAGGCGUGCAAGCUUCCACUGAGGCUUUUUAAACCUGGCACUGUGCGCACAGAGGCGAUCCCCGGGAUUUCUGACAGUUGAGGAACAGUUUGAGAGUGCUGCCAUGUUUGCACCACCACCACCACCACCUGCUUGACUCCUACCCUGGGGCAAGAUGGACUGACGACCGAGACCGCGGUCCACUCCUUGCGCUUUCGUCGGUGCACCCAGGAGGAGUCGUGUUGGAUAAGUGUCGGUGGGACGGUGCGCCCGAACAACAACCAGCACCAUGGUGGCUAACGGUCCGACCAGCGGCAGAUGCCCGUGGCUGCGUCUCUUCUCCCCGUUCCAGAGCAGCCGGGAGCGCGUGGUGCUGACCCGCAGCGAGAGCAUGCACGGUGAAAGUGUGUUGAAGAUCACCGUCACCGAGACCACGGUGAUCGAGGCGGAGUCCGGCGUCUGGAACCUGCGCUCCAUGUCAUACCUGGUGCUGUGGUUCUUCUUCAGCUUCUGCACGCUCUUUCUCAACAAGUAUAUUCUGUCGCUUCUGGAGGGAGAGCCGAGCAUGCUGGGUGCUGUCCAGAUGCUGUCCACCACCAUCAUCGGGUGCCUCAAAAUGUUUGUCCCCUGCUGCCUCUACAAGCACAAGACCCGCACCGAGUAUCCGUCCAACUUCGUCAUGACCAUGCUGUUUGUUGGCCUGAUGAGGUUCACCACGGUGGUGCUGGGCCUGGUCAGCCUGAAGAACGUGGCCGUGUCUUUCGCCGAGACGGUGAAGAGCUCAGCGCCCAUCUUCACGGUCAUCAUGUCCCGCCUCAUCCUGGGGGAGUACACAGGAUUGUGGGUAAAUCUCUCCCUGUUCCCCAUCAUGGCCGGCCUGGCACUGUGCACGGCCUCAGAGCUCAGCUUCAACAUGCUGGGCUUCUCCGCAGCCCUCUCCACCAACAUCAUGGACUGUUUACAGAAUGUUUUCUCCAAAAAGCUGCUCAGUGGAGACACCUACAAAUUCAGCCCACCAGAGCUGCAGUUCUACACCAGCGCAGCAGCUGUCAUCAUGCUCAUUCCUGCCUGGGUUUUCCUGCUGGACAUUCCAGUGAUCGGGAAGAAUGGGCGGAGCUUGGUCUGGAGUCAGGACGUGGUGCUGCUGCUGCUGUUUGACGGAGUGCUGUUCCACCUGCAGAGCGUCAGCGCCUACGCCCUGAUGGGCCGUAUCUCCCCCGUCACCUUCAGCGUGGCGAGCACGGUGAAGCACGCCCUGUCCGUGUGGCUCAGCAUCAUCGUGUUCAGCAACCACAUCACGCUGCUGGGUGCGGCCGGCUCGGUGCUGGUGCUGCUGGGCGUGCUGCUCUACAACCGGGCCCGCCAGGCCCAGAGGAGGGCUCUGAGGGCCAUGGCCGGCCGGCAGCAGGACCCCCAGUACCACUACGACCACAGCCACAGGCCCUCCAGGGGAGAACCGCCGGCCCCGGGCCAGCAGGCCUCCAAGGACUUCAAGGCCUCCCAGUCGUAGCCUGGGAGACCUGAAGCCCCAGGACCAGCCCGCCUCCAAGGAAUUCAAGGACUCCCAGUCGUAGCCUGAGAUACCUGCCCCCCCCAGGGUCAGCUUGCCUCCAAGGAAUUCAAGGCCUCCAAGGACUUCAAGGCCUCCCAGUCGUAGCCUGGGACGGAGGUUAGGAUGCCAAGUGGGUGGGGAGGGGGAGGCGAUCCAGGACUCACUUUUGGCCACCUCCUUGUCUCUCUGACUCUUUGCACUCUCUUGCUCUGUCCCCAUUUCACACUAAAGGAGAGUUGGGUUCUCACUUCACACGCAUUCCACCAGUUCAACUGAAAUAUCCCCCAAAAAAUGGAAAUUUGGAAGGCUGAGUGGCAGCAAGGGAGCUGGUUAGCGGAAGUGUGGUAACCUAGCAACCACUAAGUUGUCCAUUUCGAUUGUUAUUCCUAAAACAAUUGUUGUAAACAAUUGUUGCUGAUUGAACAGUACAGGUACCUGCUGUGUCACAUGACUCUUUUUGCACUAUAUAUUGCACAAACAAGCUUUUUCCCUCAAGUCCACUAUGUUAAAAACAAAGUCAUAGAUCUUUUCUUUUUUUUUUUUGCUUCUGACAUGUAUAUGAGAUUGCAUAUUUGGGAUCCCCAGUUGAUUAUAUGUGGUCAUUUUAAGUUUGAUGUUUAAUUUUGUAUUAUUUUAUGGUUUAGGUUUGCGAGAGCUUAUGUGUUUGUGCAUGGCUUUAAUGUCGUGACCGUUGCUUCCAGACAGGAGCUCGACCCGGUUGUCUUAUAGCGGUCUGGCCCCGUAUCCCGGGGCGGAUCGGAGAGGUCCGUGCAAUGAUCGUUCAGCUGUACCCGACGCGAUCUGCGUCGUUUCAGGGAGCCUCAGAUAUGAAAGCACUCAGGAUAACUUUCCUUUUGUAAUCUUUUGAGCACGCAGUCUUUUUAGUUG